CCGGGUGAGACGAAAUCCCUGACACUAACUAGAGCGGCACUCGCUCCCACUCGGCGGUGAAUGGGGGAAGUACAACUCCGAACGUUCUAGUCCGGUACAACCUCCCUCGUCUCUUCGGUCUGACACUUCGAGACACGCCGGCAGUCGACGGUCACGCUUCACCACAACCACCCGGGAAGACUCCAGCGCUGCUAGCUAGCUAGGAAUGAGCAAGGAUGGCCGGCUCUGCAGCAGAGGAGAAAAACUUCCGACGGUUCCUGGAGCUCUUUCUGCGGGAGAUGAGCCCGCCUCUGCAGGACAGCGACCCGCUGCCUGCGCGCCCCUUGACGGACCUGGUGUGUGAGGACGAGGUGGAGGGGGAAUGCCUCGACUUGUGUAUGCAGCACCUCUUCAAAUAUAACUGCCCGUGCUCUUUGGCGGCGGCUCUGGCCAGGGCGACCUCCGACAGCAUCCUGCAGAGCGACCUCACCAUCCACCACCUCGUCAAGAGUGGAGAAGACGGCGUCGGCCCCUUACCACAACUGGAGGCGGUCAAGUUGGCCCGUCUGAUCUUCAGGCGACUGUUCGAUACCUGCAGUCUGUGGAGCAAAGAGAUUCCGUAUCGCCGCCGCCCGCAGCCGUACUACGAGACGUCCAUCCACGCCAUCAAGAACAUGAGGCGCAAGAUGGAGGACCGACACCUCAUCAUCCCCGACUUCAACACGCUCUUCAACAUUCAGGAUCAGGAAGAGCAAGCGUUCUUCGCCGUGUUCGACGGACACGGUGGUGUGGACGCCGCCAUUUACGCCGCCAACCACCUCCACGUCAACCUGGCGCGCCAGGAGUCCUUGGCCCAGGACCCGGGGGAGGCCCUGCGCCGCGCCUUCAAGAUCACAGACCAGCACUUUGUCAAGAAGGCGUCACGUGAGAACCUACGCUGCGGCACCACGGGUGUGGUCACCUUCCUGCGGGGCCGCACGCUGCAUGUGGCCUGGCUGGGGGACUCCCAGGUCAUCCUGGUGCGGCGUGGUGAGGUGGUGGAGCUGAUGAAGGCACACAAACCCGACCGAGAGGACGAGAAGCAGAGGAUCGAAGCACUGGGCGGCUGCGUCAUCUGGUUUGGAACCUGGAGGGUUAACGGCAGUCUGUCCGUAUCCAGAGCCAUCGGCGACUCGGAGCACAAGCCUUACAUCUGCGGUGAUGCCGACCACAACGUCUUCCCAUUGGACGGCUCUGAGGACUACCUCAUUCUGGCCUGCGAUGGCUUCUGGGACACCGUCGUUCCCGAGGAGGCGGUCCGGGUGGUCAGCGACCACCUUCAGGAGAACGCGGGCGACACCUCCAUGGUGGCCCACAAGCUGGUGGCCUCGGCCCGCGACGCCGGCUCCAGCGACAACAUCACCGUCAUCGUAGUCUUUCUGCGGGACCCCCGCUCCCCACCGCCCACCAUCACAGAGGACGACGACGAAGAGGGUGUGGCGGAAGGUCCAAUGGAGGAAGAGCCAACUGCAGAGCCGGAGGAGGAACCGGAAGAGGAGGCGGAGGAAGAGGAGGCUGGCAGAGUGGAGCGAGGCGGUGGCGAAGGAGGCAGCACGGCGGACAACGGGGGGAAAAGUCGUGGCGGAUGGCCCCUGCAGCAGUGCUCCGCCCCGGCAGACCUCGGCUACGACGACCGCAAGGACUCUUUGACGGACAGAACCAGCCUCAGCCUCCUGGGGCCCACGUUGGGGGGCCGCAUCUUUUCCAGCCUCUACGCCGCCCCCCUGGAUAAACGCCCUCUAAGGCGCAGGCUCCGCCUCCCGUACCAGGAGUCCAGCAUCGCCAGUUUUACGGACCCACUGUGGCACCAGACCGCCUCGCUGCUGGGCCGGGUCGCCAGGCGGAGUCACCGGCUCGUUGGCGGCAGGCGUGACCUCAGGCGGCCGCAGAGCUUCACCAAGUCCCUGGCUUUGUUUUCACCUGACCACGUGCAGCGCUGCGCCCCCUGGAGGCCUACGCUGCCCCAUGAUGCCGCAGUCUGAAGCACCCCCUGCGUUUGGUCAAGCCCCGCCCCCUAAGCCCGCCUACCCGCCUCUGCCUUCAAAACCUUAUUUUUUUUCUUUUGGGUAGUUUAGGUGGUUGUGGAUCUUUUCAUUCGUAACGUGAAGAGUGAGCGCUUGUGUUCAUAAACAAGCUUUGAUCAAAGUGACGUUAGCGCUCAAGCUAACACCUUUCAGUCAUGACGUUAGCACUCAAGCUAACACCUUUCAGUCAUGAUGCUAGCACUCAAGCUAACACCUUUCAGUUAUGACGCUAGCACUCAAGCUAACAACACCUCUCAGUCAUGACGCUAGCACUCAAGCUAACACCUUUUAGUCAUGAUGCUAGCACUCAAGCUAACACCUUUCAGUUAUGACGCUAGCACUCAAGCUAACACUUUUCAAUUAUGAUGCUAGCAGUCAAGCUAACACCUUUCAGUGAUGACGCUAGCACUCAAGCUAACACCUUUCAGUCAUGACGCUAGCACUCAAGCUAACACCUUUCAGUCAUGAUGCUAGCACUCAAGCUAAUGCCUUUCAGUCAUGACGCUAGCACUCAAACUAACACCUUUCAGUCAUGAUGCUAGCACUCAAGCUAACACUUUUCAGUCAUGACGCUAGCACUCAAGCUAACACCUUUUAGUCAUGAUGCUAGCACUCAAGCUAACACCUUUCAGUCAUGAUGCUAGCACUCAAACUAACACCUUUCAGUCAUGAUCAAACUUUCAGCUUUGAUCAAAGUGACGUUAGCGGUCAAGCUAACACUUUUAGGUCAUAACACUGCAGUCAAGCUAACCGUUGUCAGUCAUGACGGUAACACCCAAGCUAACACUUUUCAGUUAUGCUAGCAGUCAAGCUAACAUUUUUCAGUCAUGACGCUAGCAGUCAAGCUAACAUUUUUCAGUCUUGAAGCUAACUGUCAAUUUAACAUUUUUCAGGCCAUUUGAAACAAAAACAAGUCUACUUUUGGAGGCGGAGCUAACGUUCAAUGAACACAGUUAGUGUUUCCAAGUGCUAUUAAGCAGAAUAGCGGCGCCUCUGCUGGUCACAGACAAGUCAGGCGCUCCCUUUUUUUGGAACGCAUUCGUAGAAAAAAAAUGUAUCCUAAAAUCGAUAUCACAUUUAAAUCAUCCACAGUCAUCCUGACUUUACAGCAAAAGAGUGAGAAGCAACAAUGUUUGCUAGUUACAAAAAAAGUUCUAGUUUUUCCUGAAAAGGAGAGUUGAACUUCUACGACCGCACAGUUCCAAUUUGUCCCAUCAAUCUGCCCAUGAUUUUAUUUUGUUAAUGCCACUUUUUUUUGGUCAACCUCUCACUCCAUAUCCGUACUCAUAAAAAAGCACUUAGAGGCUGGAUUAUAAAAGAUUAGCCGUCACUUACCUGAUGCUACGCGUAGCUGGGGAUUUAUUUGUGUUGAUGACCCUUUCAGGAGCAGGACAAAAGUCACUCUAUUUUUAUUCUGUUGGCUCGUGAAAUUAUUUGUGCUGCAAGUUGCAAACACCUGCCUUCUCCCCUUAGUCUCAUUGGACUGUAAUUUCUCUAACAACUAGCUAGUUGUGUCUAAAGACUAGCAGGCUAGCCGGUUUUUGAUUGAUUGAGACUUUUAUUAGUAGAUUGCACAGUACAGUACAUAUUCCCUACAAUUGACCACUAAAUGGUAACACCCCAAUAAGUUUUUCAACUUCUUUAAGUCGGGGUCCACGUUAAUCAAUUCAUGGUAAGUUUGGUCCUAACACUAACGUAUACGUCACUCUGUGUCUGAUUGGACAGCUCACUGGUUUUGUCUAAAGACUAGCAGGCGAGCCAACCAGUUUUGUCUAAAGACUAGCAGGCGAGCCGACCAGUUUUGUCUCAAGA